AUGAUGCGGAUUAUUUGGAGCUUGUAUCGUGGUAGUAAAGCAGCAGUGUGGGAUGGAAAUAUUAUUUCUGAUUGGUUUCUUACACAGUCUGGGGUUAAGCAAGGCUGUGUUUUAAGUCUACUUUUAUUUACUUUAUUUUUAGAUGACCUGGUUAACUUUUUAAACGGUGGCAUCAUGAUUGAUGGCAUGCAAAUAAAGGUUCUGAUGUAUGCAGAUGAUGUGGUGCUGUUUGCAGAGUCACCAAGAGCCUUGCAGCUAAUGAUAAAUAGACUGAACGAUUACUGUAAUACCUGGAAUUUAGAAGUCAAUAUAGCAAAGACAAAAAUAAUAAUAUUGAAAAAAUUUGCAAGGCGUCUUGCAUGCGAUGAAAAGUGGUACAUUAACGGUAAAUUAUUGGAAGUAGUUAAGACAUAUAAGUAUUUAGGCGUUUGGAUAACAUAUAAUGCAACAUUCGAAACACACAUUAAUAAAAGGCUAAAAGAAUCAAAACUAGCAAUAAACAGCACAUGGAGAAGAGCAUUAGGAAAUGAUACGGUAGCUCUUUCAGUUAAAUACAAAGUUUUCCAAGCUACUGUCAACUCAAUUAUGAAUUAUGCUUCCCAUGUUUGGGGUUUUGAAAAAUAUAAUGAGGUGGAAAAACUGCUAACUUAUUUUAUCAAACGUAUUUUUCGUCUACCGGUCAACACGCCAGACUACGCAAUUUACCUGGAAACUGGCUUAUCAACACUACAUAUCGGCACUUUAAAAUCCCACUUUCAAUAUAUUAACGCUGUUAUGAAACACACAGAUAGCAGACUUACCAAACGGCUUGCGACAUACUUUUUAGGUAGAAGGAGUUCGUAUUUUGCGGCAUGGUUAAAUUUAGCCGAGGAACAUGAAGAAAAUUUGAAUUUAGAGGACAUGAAUGGUUGGAUUGACUGGCAGCAGCGCAUUCUUCUAAAACAGGAUCAAAGUGAUAGAGACCGAUUUGUUUAUAAGGCCAAAACAAGCUACUCUAGACAAACAUACAGAGAACUAACUUACAAUCUGGGGAAAAUGAAUUAUUUUAAUGAUAAAUAUACUGUGGAAAAUAUUCGUUCAAUUUUCAAAUCUCGUACUGAACUCAUCAAACUCAAUUAUUUACCCUACGUAAGUGGUGCACUAUCUGUUUGCAGCCUAUGUAAUAAACAGGAAACGGAAAACGUUAAACACUUUCUCGCAAUUUGCCCAAUUUUAAAGGAAAUAAGAUACAAGUAUUUUGGGAAAACGACUUUGAGCCAAACAGAAUUGCAUGGUAUCCUUAAUGGAAUGAACUGGCUAAAUUUAUGCGCAUAUCUUAAUCAAGCGAUAAAAUAUAGGCAACAAAUUAUAGAUGAGAUCUUUUAA